AUGAGUCAUUGGCCCAAGCGUAAUGAGCUCCAUCGCGCCAUGUUUGCUAGGCGACAGCUGUGGGCCCCUAUUAGUCUUGGGCCCAGCUUCAUUGAACUCUUUCGCGCCAUGGAUGCUACGCCACUGCCCCUACUGUCAUCUAGAUCUAGUAUUGUCAAGUCAAGGUUAGUAAACAUAGCUGGUAUGAGCUUACUGAGGCCUUCUGUUGUUCAAGGCCUCCGUAUAGCUUUAUUAAAUAGUAAAGCAGUUAGGCAUCCUUUACAGAAACAAUUGCAGGUGCAAGGCCAUGACAAAAAAAAAAUGCCUAUUAUUCCAUCAACAUUUGAGUGGACUAGAAUGAAAGAUGAUUUACAUUUCUAUUUGAUGCUAGGUUUGCUGCCAAUGGCUGCUUUGAUUACAUAUGUUAACAUAUUUGUUGGCCCAGCAGAAUUAUCAGAUAUCCCUGAAGGUUAUGAACCGAAAGAAUGGGAAUAUCACAGGUCUCCAAUAAAAAGAUGGUUUGCAAAAUAUAUCUACGAGGAGCCACAGAAGGAGUAUGAGAAAACACUUUACUGGAUUCACUAUUGGUCAGAGAAAAAAUACUGGAACAAACUAGAUAGAAAAGUGAAACAACUGAUGGAAAACCGACUUGAUUAUAAAGGCUGGUACUGGGUUAAUGCUGACAAAAUUAUUGUGGAUUCUCAGAAAGCACUCAAGGAAGAAAAAAUAGAUAUUUCGGAGCCUAAAAAAAAUUUAUUAAGAAAAAUACUUUAA